AUGCUUUCGAAAUCUCUAUUUUAUGGAUUACCUCAUAUUCCAAGAUGGAAAAUAGUUCGGUUGAUGGAUUAUGAAUCCAAAUACCAAUUGGGAAAAUGCUCAAAACGUACAUACAAUAUUAUCGAUUCAAUCAUCUUUUCUCUUGAUAAAAUAAUAUUCAGAUCAAGACCUAGAAGUAUUGAAAUAGAAAUAGCUAACAAUUUUGGAGGUCUCCCAAUUUAUUGCAUUUUUUCAAAACGAGACAAUGAGAAUUGUGAGAGGAGUAUUGAUGGAUGCAAGUCGAUUGUAAGAGGGGAUUUUGUCACAACUGCAUUGAUGGAAUUGAAGAAAAUAUUCUGUUACAAAAAAUCAAGAACCCGUGGUCUCAAUAUUGAAGAAACAUUCGAAAACAAUACAACAAAAACUCUAAUCAGUAGAAUCACAUCCGUUCUAUCAUCUCUUGGACAUCAAUUGUCAGUUAGGUCACUUCAACUUUUUAGUUCGGGAAAUGAUGACUUCUCAUUGGGCUUUUUGCCGUUUCUCAAGCCAGAAAUCCUCAAGACAAUCUUAAUCUUCAGUGGACCUAGAACUGAACUGCAUAUUUUGAAAGAUAUUGUUAAAUUGGAACAAUGGAAGAAAGUGCAGUCUGUAUACAUUUGUCAUGACCAACUUGAUGUACCAGUUGAAAGUAUUAAACAUCUUUCGUAUUAUCAUAAUGAACGACAGAAAACUUCAAUGGAGAUCAAAACAAUAAUUGAGAACUAUUUCGAUUCGGAGUUCUUUGUCAGAGCAAGAUUGAAGUGCCAAGAGAAUCCAUUUAAUUCUGAUUUUGAUCUACCAUUUCAUUUCAAUCCUUCAACUCACAUAUACAGAUUUCAAAAAGGGGAAACUGCAUUUUCAGCCAAAACAACUCCUGACGGAUUUGUUUUUGUUCGAAAACAUAAAAACAUCAAUCACCUGCUCACUCCACAUUAUGUCAUAUCAAAAAGUGGUUUGUUGCUGCGUCGCAAAUGUUACGCAAUUUGGAAAAAACUGCCACCUGGUUGUGAGACAUACGCCUCGAGAUACUUAAGUUGUAUCAGGGAGUGUGAGAAGCUUUACAAAGAAAACAUAGAACUGAAAGUGGCAGCAUGUCUUUUUGUUGCUUGUCAUCAUUUGAACUCAACAAAUUCGAUCAUUGAUAUUUCUGAAGUUUUUGGAGUUUCUGUAGAAGAAAUAGUGAGAUUCGCCAUACUAGUUGUAACCUGGAAUAAUGAUUGUGUUGCACGGACUAUUACAGAGAUUUGUAGACUAUUAGGAUUAUCUGAAUCAUUCCGAGAAGCUGCAUUAGGGAUUGCUCGAAAGGCGAUUGUAAAGAAGAUGUUUCUCACUAGAAUCCCUAUGAAUAUAGCAGCUGCCACAAUCUACAUGACAACUAAAGUGACUUCCGAGAAACGGACAAUCAUAGAGAUUGGAGAGAAGACUAAGACGGGAGUGGCAUCGAAUCUCGAAUUAUUCGAAAUAAUGUGGGCUGAAAAGGCUGAAUUGUUACCAGAAUAA